UCCUUCUAGUAGCACGGCAAAUAACACGCUAAUGAUUCCACCUAGGCCAUUACCUUCUAAUGUUUUGAAUUCCUCUUCAGAUGCGAAUGAACAUCAGACAAAUACCUUAAAUUUAGAGUCAUUACAACCUUCCAAGGACAGUAUGACUAGGGACGCGGUCACGUCAUCGCCUAAACUUUCAAAAACCUUUACGGGCACCCAAUACGAUGUAGUAAAAAGUUUUAUUCCUCAUUUUGAUGGAAAGCCGUCCCAGGUAAACCAUUUUAUUGCCCAAUGUAGGCUUGCCGACACCUUAGCAAAAACCGAGGACAAAACACUUUUGCUCGCUAUAAUUCGGAAUCGAAUGCAAUACCGGGUUUACAGGGGUAUAAUGGGUGAUGACGAACUGGAAACUGUGGAGGAGUUGAUAGCCCUGAUUAAAUCCACGUUCGCCCAAAGUUUUAAUCUAAAUGAUACUCAAAAUGAGUUGAAGACCGUACGCCGUCGUGAAAGCGAAUCGAUCGAGGAAUACGGGUUCCGAGUAAACGAUAUUUUAGAUCGUGGGGUACAGGGGGCGAAAGAAGAUUUGAGUUCAGAGGAAUUUGGGGGCAUUAAAAAAUUACUUAUGACGAGCGCGGUGGCAGGAUUUUUAGGGGGACUGGGAAACGAUGUUGUCGCGAAUAUUCUGUCUAACGAUGAUGUUAAAGAUUUAAGAGCAGCGAUUAAAUUAGCGUCAAAAAUUGAAACUCAGGUGAAUUCAUCGCGGAAUUCACAGAACACCAACGUUUCUGAUACGAAUUCUAGAGUUCUAAUCGCGAAAACGCGCGACCGCAAAUGUGUUACCUGUGGAAAGGCCGGGCAUAUUUCUGCGGAUUGUCAGGUGCGCCGGGAUCGUCGCUUCAUAAAUUCGAAUCGUGACCACCAGUUUCCUUCAAUUUCUGAAAAUCAAGGAAAUCCUUUGAAAUCGAGAAGGAAUUGUUAGCAGUUUUGUUUGGAAUGGAAUAUUUUCGACCCUACCUUUAUGGUCGAUAAUUUACGUUGU